AUGUUCUUGCUCACGGAAGUUAUUCGUAUGUUUCUCCGUAUAGAUCCACUUUCAAACGUGUUUCUCAGAGUGAUUCCAUCCACCCAAGGAGAUGACGAAAGUGCUAAACUUGAAGUUCACAAACCGGAAGGUGCCAGGAUGGAGAAGUCCAUUGGUUUGGUCACCAGCAUCACAAUCAUUGUUGGUUCGGUAAUCGGAUCUGGAAUCUUUGUCAGUCCACAGUUUAUUCUUGUGAUGACAAAUAGCUUUGGAGCCAGUAUAGUCGUAUGGAUUGCAUGCGGCUUGUUCUCUCUGAUAGGUGCCUACUGCUAUGCCGAGCUUGGAACAAUGAUGCCCAGAUCGGGCGCAGAUUACUCAUAUGUCUAUGAGGCUUUCGGUCCAUUCUUCGGAUUUCUUCGUCUUUGGAUUGAAGUGGUUGUUGUACGGCCUGUUUCGGCAGCUGUCCUCUCCAUGGUAUUCGCCAACUAUGUGUUGAAACCAGCCUUCCCGGCAUGCACAGAAACGCCACAGGCAGCUCUCAGACUUAUAGCUUGUGUAUGCGUGCUACUUGUUGGUUUCAUCAAUUCCUUGUCUGUUCGCUGGUCUGCGCGAACACAAGAUGUAUUCACUUUCGCCAAGGUCGCUGCGUUGCUCUUGAUCAUCGUGACUGGUCUUGUCCAAAUUGGACGGGGUAGAAUCCAGGAAUUCCAAGACCCGUUCGAAGGUUCCAACUGGAACCCUGGGAAUUUGGCUGUGGCCUUCUACAACGGUCUGUUUGCGUACCACGGGUGGAACUAUUUGAACUGCAUGAUUGAAGAGAUGAAGAAUCCAAGACGUGACCUCCCCAUCGCCAUUGUUUUCUCUUGCCUACUUAUCACGGCCAUCUACACCAUGGCCAACGUGGCCUAUGCAACGGUGCUAAGGAUACCAGAAAUACUAACAUCAGAUGCCGUUGCUGUGUCCUUUGCUAAUCGAAUUUACGGACCGGCCGCGUGGAUUAUGCCAAUAUUUGUGGCGUUCUCAACAUUUGGUGGCGUAAACGGGACGAUCAUGACAACUUCUCGCAUGUUCUUCGUGGCCGGCCAACAGAGUCAGAUGCCCAAAUUGUUAUCCUGCCUUCACAUGUCCAGCCUGACACCAAUCCCAGCGGUGGUAUUUACGUGCAUCUUUACAAUCGUCUACGUGGUAAUCGGUGAGGUCGGUUCGCUUAUCACCUACAUGGGAUUUGUUCUCUGGUUGGCUAUCGGUAUCUCGGUUCUAAUAGUCAUCAUCUUCCGAUUCACAAGACCCACAAUGGAACGGCCUGUGAAGGUCCCCAUCGUGUUUCCAUUCAUUUAUGUCGGAGCAACCUUGUUGCUUGUCAUAUUUGCAUUCGUCGGUGCUCCAACAGAAGCGUACUUGUAUUCACGCACUAAUUUAUCAGCUCCCGCCUCCAAUGCGCAGCUUCCCACCCCACCUCCCCAAAUCAUGGGUGGACGAAACUGUGGCACCUGCAACCACUUGAUUGGUGUGGCAAUUUUGGCUAGCGGAGCUGUUGUCUACCUGAUUGGAAUGGCUUGGAGGUACAUGCCAGAGUCGGUUCAUGAGUUCACACGUGAGUUUGAUGUGUUCUCCACCGCCCAGAAUUUAGUGUUUAUAGUAGCCUUUGAUUUUGCUACAUUAGACGAAAAGUGA